AUGGAGACCAAGGCUGUCAUGCUGAUGGAGGUGCCGCAGCAUGGCGAGGCAUCAUUCUCGACUUCCAUCGUCCCCACAGUUCCCAGAGCUGAUCUCGAUGGCUGCAGUGGUGACUCGGAGUUGCUACCGGCGCUGGUAUCAGCUGGUUUGAGCAAGUCCGGGUCGCAAUCAGGAUCGAGGUGUGCAGAGGCAACGCCUCCGCCGCCGACCAUGCUGGUGGUGCCAGAGACCCGGGCUGGUGACAUGGAAUGGCUCGGAUCGGUGACGUUCCAGGGAGCGACGGAUGGUGAGGCUGGUCGCAGCAACGACGUGGACCACGGCGACGACUCGCACUGCUCACGCGAGUCGGCACGGUCGCAUCGUUCGCAGGCGUCGCGGGUCUCGCGGGUCUCACGGGCAUCGCACGCGUCGCGGGUCUCACGGACAUCGCGGGCAUCGCGGGCAUCGCGGGCGUCGCGGGCGUCGUCGCGGCAUGAGAUGUCGACCACGGCGGCGCAAGUUGGCGACGAGCUGGGGCCGGGCGGCGUGCCCAUUCCGUCCAAGCGGCGUGCUCAGGUGAGCAACUACAUGCGCAACCGGUCCAAGGUCUCGCUCCGCGACCUCGACAAGGAGAUCAUCCGAGAGGCCAUGGCGCUCGGCGCCGAUAUUCACGAGCCCGAGGUGGAGAAUGAGCCUGAUCCAGUGGAAGAGGCCGUUGCCGCCGCCGAGGCUGCUGCCGAGGCCGCGGCGGUGGCUAAUGCGGCGGCGGCAGCGGCGGCGGCAGCCUCCGCCACGCACGCCAGUGGCGCGUCCAACGCCUCGGACGAGUCGGUUGUCUCGCAAACGUCGGUAGCAUCAGUGGCCGCGUCGCGAUCGGCCGCCGAGGCAUCAGUCGCUGCCAGUGCGGCGGCGGCCAACGCACUGGCGGCGAGCGCAGCAGCAGCGGCGGCGGCGGCGGCCAAGGUCGAGGCUGAGCCUGUCUUGGUCGGCGCAGGCGUCAAGCCAGCCAAUGACCGGCAGCGGCGGCGGGCGGCGGCGUUCUGGCAGCAGACCCGGCGGACAGUGACGUCUGAGCUAGAGCGGAUCCAACGGGCGGCUUUGUUUAUCGAGGACGCGGUCUCUUCACGGCCAAUCAAGGCCACCCGGCUUGGCGCCGGGCCUGUGGCCGCCUAUCGGUUCUACCACAACAAGGUGUACCGGUGGAUUUUCACCGUUGUGGUCGUCAUCCACAUGGCGCUGGCAUUCUUUGAGGCGCCGCAGGCCGGGGCCGAGCCUGCGGUCGGGGCGAGAGCGCGAAGCGGGCUGCUGGGCAUCGAGCUUGCGUGCGUGUGUGUGUACUGGCUUGAUACGCUGCUCUCACUCUACGCACUAGGCAUCCGGCAGUACGCGCAGUCGUGGUGGCACCUGUUCCACGCGACAGUGGUGGUGCUGAUGGCGAUCGACGUCAUCGCUGCGCUCGCCGGAGCGUCGGUCCGGUUCACGCGCGUCGUCCGAUGGGUCCCACUUGUCCUCAACACGGUCUCGCUCAAGCACCUCUUGUACUGCACCUUCCACACUGUGGCCAAGCUCUACGACAUGAUGGUCAUCAUGUGUGUGCUUUUAGUCUCGUUUGCCAUUGUGGGCGUGCAGAUGUUCGGCGUCAACACGGUCUCACCGUCGGCGCUCGGAACAGGCAACUCGAACCCGUACCGCGACGAGGCGACCGGCAAGCCGCUCGACGGCAAUUUUGACAACAUGGGCGAGGCGCUGCUCUCGCUGCUGGUCCUUCUCUCGACGGAAAACUACCCAGAUAUCAUGUACCCGGCACUGACCACGUCGCCGGCGUAUGCCAUCUUCUUCAUUCUCUUCAUCCUCAUCGGCAUCUUUUUGCUCUUCUCGGUCCUCACGGCCAUCAUUUUUGACACGUACAAGGAGAUCCACGAGGUGCGUGUCAUUGCGGCACGAGUGGAGGAGCGCAAGGGCCUCAUUGCAGCCUUCCAGAUCCUCGACAAGAACCGGACCGGGUACCUCCACACCAACCAGUGGGUGGCACUCAUGGCCGAGUGGCAGCCGUCGAUGUCAAUGGAGCGAGCAUGCUUUCUGUUCAAGACCAUGGACCACGACGGUGACAAUACCAUCGAUCUGCUCGAGUUCUUUGACAUUCUCGAGAUCAUGCGGUACGAAAUCGAGGAAAUGGCGUUGGUGACCGAAGAGACGUGGUGGUCGCGGCUCGGUGCGCGGCGGGUCCGAGUUGUGGGCGAGUUUAUCGAGUCCAAGGCCUUUAUAUGGACCAUUAACGCUUGUAUCUUUAUUAACGUCUUUAUCCUCUGCCUCUACCGGUCGUCGAUGUCGCAGGACGAGCUCGCGGUCUACGAGUUUCUGGACUACAUCUUUAUCGGCGUCUUUUCUUUUGAGCAGGUGGUCAAGGUUGUUGGGCUGGGGCGGACCGAGUACUGGAUUGAUGUGUGGAACCGUUUCGACCUCACGAUUGUGGUCUUUUCGCUCGUCGCUGUCGGCUUGCAGGUAGCGUCGAACGUGGAAAAGUCGGCCGGCUCGAUCUUGGUCUCGCUCCGGAUUCUGCGGCUGUUCCGGACGCUGCGGACGGUGAGGCUGCUGAACACUGCCCGGCAGUUUGAAACGCUCAUGGCGACAUUUCUGCACCUUGGCUACGUGGUGCUUCCGAUCACGGCCUGCGUUGUUGUUGCCUUUUACUCAUACGCUAUCCUGGGCAUGGAGCUGUUUGGCGGCAAGAUGUCGCCGUCAGUGGUUGCCAGCGCCGACCCGUACACCGACUUUGGCACGUUUCCAAGGACGCUUCUUGCGCUUUUCCAGCUGUUUACCACCUCCAACUGGCACGAGAUCAUGUACACCGCGCGAGAGGGCGCCGGCAAAGUGUCUGCGCUGUACUUUGUCUCGUUCUUCAUUGUCAUGAUCCUGCUAUUCAACAACAUCCUGCUCGCCAUUGUCUUUGAGAUCUUCACCUUUCAACGGACCAUGGUGGAGCAGGAGGAGCGGAAGAAGGCGCGGGUGGCGUUUAUGGACAAGGCGUUUCACGUCAAGCAGACCGGGCGGACGUGGGACCGCGACCUGGUCACCUCGUCACUGGCAGGUUUGCGGCAGCAAGAGCUGCGGCUGCUCGCCGAGUCGACCAAUGUCGACUGGGACCACAUCCGCGAGCGGCAGGCAUCAAAGCGCGAGCGGUUGCUUGGCCGUGACGCUGCGCAGCAGCUCGGCAGCCCGUUGGGCAUGGGCUCGGGCGGCUCGGCCGCGCCGCUGUCGCCAGCCUCGGACGGCGACGAUGACGAGGCGCGGGUACUGGCAACGUUCAAGACGGCGGUGUCGAACGUGGCCAAGACCGACGCGGCCGAGCAGGCGCAUCUGCGUGAGAUGGCAGCCAUUAUUGUGGCCAAACGCCACGCGCAGCGUGCUGCCGCGCAGCUGCGCUCGCGGCGCGGGACCGCUACUAGCACCACCAUCCGAGUCGGCUCGCCGGGCUCGUACGAGGCCUCGCUCAAGUCGACAGGCAACACCGCGAGCUCAUCGCGCGGCUUCCCUACCUUUGGAUUUCUUCGCAAGCUCGGCGUCGUCCCGGGCCUCCGGUCUGUGUCGUCAUCAUCGUCGUCAUCGUCGUUUUCGACUUCUGCGUCGCGGUCGGGGUCGCGAUCGGGGUCGGUGUCAGGAACAGUGCCAGAGUCCGGCUCGGGCUUGAGCUCGGACUCGGGCUCUAGCAUCAGCCGGUCAUCGCGGUCGAGCGACUCGUUCAUCUCUGCCGCUUCGUUCCGCGAUCCGUACGAGGUUCUGCACAACCUGCUCAUCCGGCGACAGCUGGGGCUUGUCUCGCCGCCGUCGUCUCUGGCCAUGUCUGCGCCGGAGUUUGCACCGCGCGGGCGAGGGCUAGCAAGCGUGACCCAGGAGGUGGACGAAGUUGUGCGUAUUCUGUCGCAGUCGCGAUCACGGUCGCGGUCACGGUCGCGGUCGCGGUCGCGGUCUGCGUGGUCGGGCUCGCGAUCGGGCUCGCGAUCGGGCUCAAAGUCAUGGUCGUCGGUGAACAUGAUAGAAGGGAACGUGCGACCUGCAACGCAUGGCCACGUUCGUAUGCUGCACAUUUCGUCGUCGACAACGUAUGAUGAUGACGAGCCACCGGCGCGGACAGCAUCGUUGCUGUCAGCGGCCGAGGCCGAGGCCGAGGCAAUAGCAGAAGCCAAGGCCAAAAAGGUCAAGGCCAAGGCCCAAGCCAAGAAGGUCAAGAUGAUGAACAGGGCCAAGACAAAGAAGGCCAAGACUAAGGCCAGGACCAAGGCCAAGGCCAAGGCCAGGAAGGCCAGGACCGAGACCAAGGCAGCGGCCAAGGCAGAGGCUGAGACCGGGUCACGGCAUCGAAAGCGGAUCGGACGGAAGCGGAUCCGGCGCGAGCAGCCAGCUCCGGUUGGCACCGGUGAUACGAGCUCGCCGGAGAGGCGCAGGGUGGGCACGCUGCAGAGCUUCGGCGACAAAAGUCUGCCCGGAUACGCCGAAGUUGUGUCGCCGCAGCCGGCGGCGGCGUUUGCGGGCAACUAUGGUGCGAGUUGA